AUCAUAUAAGGGUAGAAGUAACCAGGAAGGUGAUAAUAAGAGAGAUGGAGAAAGUGAAAGAAUAUAUGGCCAGUCAGGAGGCUUUAGAAGCACAGAAGCAGUCCCUUGAGGCUGAGAUGAAAGUCAAAAUAGAGGAGCAUAUAAAGCUGCAGGCCCAGUGUCAAAGGGGAGAGAAAGAGAGACCAAGGUGAGAGAGACUGAAGAGUUGCGGGCCCAGUUGGAAAAAGGGGCAGUGGAAAAGGACCUCUGUGAAGAACAGAUACGGGCCCUUAAAACCCACCUGGAGGACAAAACGGUAGAGCACAUGAAGCUGCAGUCUCAGCUGCAGACCGCAGAGGCGGAAAACGGCUGCCUGGAAGACCAGGUACAGCACCUUAAAGCCCUGCUAGCAGAGAGGUUGGCUAAAGAGGCAGCAACCGACACUGAGAGGGAGCAGCUACGGCAGCAGAUGCAAACCUCGAGACGGCAGGUACAGGCCUUAGAGGAACAGAUUAAAACGUUCCAGGAACAGAGACAGUGCCUGCUAAUGGAGGUGGGAGCCUUCACCAAGGAGGGUGUAGAAUUGCGAGCUCGAUUGCAAGAAGCAGAAAAGGACCAUGACCAAAAGGGGGAAGAGAUCCAGUCCCUAAAGACUCUGUUAAAAGAAAGCACAGCCAGGGAACUGGCAUUGCAAGAGAGGGUGGUACAACAGCCCGUACAGACCGCUCAGAUACCUUGCGGAAGACUAGCCAUAAUAAGCAGUCAGUUGGAGGGACAUGCCUCCAGGGUCAAGGCAGGAUAUGAGGAGCACCUCCAGGAGCUUAAAGGCCUGAAAGAGAUGUUAGUAGAUGCAGAGAAAAUGCUAAAAGCGGUGCAGCCCAUGCUCCGGAAAGAGGAGAAGAGUCAGGAGCCACCUAGAACGGAAAGUUUACAGAUCCUUAGAGAAGGAAAGGAACCUGAGCAGCAGGAAAAGAAUGCAAAGGUGGAGGUACUCUUAGGGGUGAACCCCAUGAGGUUGAAAGAAGAGAUCACCACUGCAGUUAUGGAGGGUCUCAAUCAGAGAUGGAGUCAGUGGGUGGUCCAGUACACUACCGAGAUGAGUGACCUCCGGGAAAAGCUGGGAAAAGUUGCUAGUGGGGGUGAUGCUGCAAGAUUGGCAGCCCUAAAACAAAAGCAACAGAAGAAACUAGACCAGGGGCCGGAGACAGCUCAGAUUCCGGUGUAA